GUGGAUGCAACCCGUGAGAUCCAACGUGUGCACGUGGCGCAGCAUCGAUACGUCCGUGAGUCCGACGCAGUUGGCUAUGUUCAACGUGUGCACAAACCGCAACCCGUCGACCCGCGUGAGUUGGGAACACCCCAUCAAAUUCAGCGUGUGGUUCAGCCCGAGCGCGUUCACUUGGUCGUCAUUCACGCACGGACACCCGCUCAGGUUGAGGUUGUACACGGUCUUCAAGUCGGCCACGACUUCCACCAACGUCCCGGCCAAGUUGAGCGUGUGCACAAACCCCAACGCACUGACGUCUCGAAUUCUCGUGCAGUAACUGAGGUCCAGCGCGUGCACGCCACCAAGCGACGACACGUCCUCCAGCAUCUCGCAACCCGACAAACUCAACGUGUGGACGUGAGCGAGCGGCGCCACGUCGGUGACACUCGUGCGGCUAAGAUGGAUCGUGUGGAGAUCGAGAGUGCACAGCGUCGGGUGAUUCAUCCACACGGUGGCGUGAUCUGGUCCGAGGUUGCAACCGUUCAGCGUAACCGAGUGCAGCGACCCAUGACCGAGGAGGUGGGCGUCGUUGACCCGAUAGCACCUCGAUAUUUCCACCGUGUGGCAGUGUUCGCGCAAUGCGCUGACUUGAACAACACGGUAGCAUUCCUAUCCAAGUUCUGUGAUGACCCCACGAUGCGAUGGUGA